GACGCUCUAAAUAAAAGCUUGUACAAUCAUUAUAUUAUCUCUUUCUGUCAUAAUUUAUUCAGAAGAGAAAUAAAAAAUAUUAAUUACCGAUUUUAUUAAAUCAAAUGAUGACAAAUCAAUAAGACGACGCUCCAGCACAAAUGUCACCAACGACGUUAUUUUUAGGCAAUUAGCACACCAUUUUUUGAGUUUACUUGAUUGAUUGUGGAUUUAUUUGCGCCAAUAAAAAAAUGGACACAUAUGAACAAGCAUACGAAUAUGACACGACUAUGGAAUGUAGGGAUAAUGGUGGAAUAUUUAUGCGUAACGGAGGAAGAGGAUGCUUACUUGAGGGACAAAUGCCAACAGCUCCUCCAGACGUACCACCCCGCAAUCCAACAAUGAGUCGCAUGAACGGUCGCGUCACCGGCAAUCCAUCGGAAUUGGGUGUGGAUUUUGAGCCAUCGUGUCUCGUGAGGACACCAUCAGGGAACGUCUAUAUUCCAAGUGGAAAUAUAAAUAUAAAUAAAAGCUCUCCGAUCGAAUAUAAAACACAGAAUUCAGCGUGUUCGACACCGACAAAAGACACAUUAAAAAGCUACGACAGGACAAUGGGUAUGGGUCCUGUGUUGCCGCCACGCAGUAAUAUUUGCGGGCCACCGUCACACCAUCACUAUUCAGCGCCACUAAAUUUCCGCAAAGGAUUAGUAUCAAAAUGUACAUGGAAGUGUACGGCAAUAAUUGUUAUUAUGUUAAGUGCAGUACUUAUGUCUACGUUAAUUUAUAUUACUGCAUCCAAUGUUCUUAGUUGGUCAAAUCAAUGUACAGUUCUAGUCGAUGAAAAGGCUGAAUUCCAGACAGCCAAAAGCGUUGCGAGUAAUAAUAAGACAAAUCGUCCAAGGCCAACCACAAUAAUAUCAUCAGCAUCGUCGACGUCACCGUCGGCAGCGUCGCCUGUCGUGGCGCAAGAUGAGGCGCCAAGCAUUCAGCAGCCCGCCACAAAUCCCAGUAGUAGUUCAAAAGAUGUCGGAGGUGCUCGCACAUUCCCGGCACGUAGCUUUCCACCCGAUGGAACGACCUUUAGCCAAAUAACGUUAGGACAAAAGCUCACCAAGGAAAUACCACCGUACAGCUACUGGAACAUGCAAUUCUACCAAUCGGAGCCGGCAUACGUUAAAUUCGAUUAUAAUAUUCCGCGGGGUGCAUCGAUCGGUGUGUAUGCGCGUCGAAAUGCGCUUCCCACACACACGCAGUACCACUUUAAGGAAGUUUUGAGCGGCUUUAAUGUUCGUACCACACGAGCAACGACACAUCCAUCAAUAAGACGUGAGGUAACGCGCUACAUGGAAUCGGGACAUUGGUUUAUGUCACUUUACAAUGACGACGGUGACUCUCAGGAGAUUACCUUUUAUGCCGUUGUUGCGGAAGACAUGACCCAAAAUUGUCCAAAUGGAUGUUCAGGCAACGGUCAAUGCUUGUUGGGACACUGCCAAUGUAAUCCUGGCUUUGGCGGAGAUGAUUGCAGUGAAAGCGUUUGUCCAGUUCUCUGCUCGCAAAAGGGCGAAUAUAUCAACGGCGAGUGCCAAUGCAACCCUGGAUGGAAAGGAAAAGAAUGUCAAUUACGACACGACGAAUGCGAAGUGCCAGACUGCAAUGGGCACGGGCAUUGUGUAACGGGAAAAUGCUCUUGCGUACGCGGCUACAAAGGAAAAUUCUGUGAAGAAGUUGAUUGUCCUCAUCCCACAUGCAACGGUCACGGAUUCUGUGCCGAUGGCACUUGCAUCUGCAAAAAAGGCUGGAAAGGCGUUGAUUGUGGCACAAUGGAUCAAGAUGCGCUUCAAUGCUUACCGGAUUGCUCGGGACAUGGCACUUUUGAACUCGAUACGCAGUCAUGCAUUUGCGAACCCAAGUGGAGUGGCGACGAUUGCUCGAAGGAAUUAUGCGAUCUCGAUUGCGGAUCUCAUGGAAGUUGCGUCGGUGAGACAUGCAGCUGCGACGAAGGAUGGGGCGGCGAAUUUUGCAACACGAAAUUGUGCGAUCCGAGAUGCAAUGAGCACGGACAAUGCAAGAACGGAACGUGCUUGUGUGUUUCGGGAUGGAAUGGCAAACAUUGUACCAUCGAAGGAUGUCCCGGAGGUUGCAACGGUCACGGUCAAUGCCGUGUUAGCGGAGAAGGUCAAUGGGAAUGUCGUUGCUAUGAGGGAUGGGAUGGCGCUCAAUGCGGUGUCCAACUCGAAGUUAACUGCGGUGACAACAAAGAUAAUGACAAAGAUGGUUUAAUCGAUUGCGAAGACCCCGAAUGCUGCGGUUCUCACGCUUGUCGCACAAGUCAACUUUGCGUAUCUGCUCCACGUCCUGCUGACGUUCUCUUACGUAAACAACCCCAAGCCGUGACCGCUUCCUUCUUCGAACGCAUGAAAUUCUUGAUUGACGAAGGCAGUUUGCAAAAUUACGCCAAAAUGGAAACCUUUAACGAAAGCGUCUUUUGGAUGCAUUUUAAUGCAAGUCGUUCUGCCGUUAUCCGUGGACGAGUUUUGACAUCGCAAGGCAUGGGACUCGUUGGCGUUCGUGUCAGCACAUCAACUCCCCUGGAGGGCUUCACCUUAACACGUGACGACGGUUGGUUUGAUCUCAUGGUGAACGGAGGCGGCGCCGUAACUCUCCAAUUUGGACGUUCUCCGUUCCGCCCGCAAGUUCGCGUCAUCCAGGUGCCAUGGAACGAAGUUGUCAUCAUCGAUACGGUCAUCAUGUCAACGAGCGAAGACAAAAAUUUGGGUGCCAAAGCAGGUGCUUGCUUAUCACACGAUUAUGACGUCAUGAAACCCGUCGUUUUGGCGACAUGGAAACACGGCUUCCAAGGCGCUUGUCCCGAUCGCAGUGCAAUUCUCGCCGAAUCGCAAGUCGUACAAGAAUCCAUUCAAAUUCCCGGCACCGGAUUGAAUCUCGUGUAUCACAGUUCACGUGCUGCGGGGUAUUUGUCGACGAUCAAGUUGCAACUCACACCUGACGUUAUUUCGGAGUCGUUGAAACUCAUUCAUUUGCGGAUCACCAUCGAAGGCAUCUUGUUCGAAAGAACUUUUGAAGCAGAUCCCGGAAUUAAAUUCACCUACGCCUGGAAUCGGUACAACAUUUAUCGGCAACGUGUUUAUGGCGUAACGACAGCUGUUGUGAAAGUCGGUUAUGAGUACACGGAUUGCAAAGAUAUCAUCUGGGACGUGCAAACAACGAAGCUCAGUGGGCAUGACAUGACAAUUUCCGAAGUUGGCGGAUGGAAUUUGGAUAUUCAUCAUCGUUACAAUUUCCACGAAGGCAUUUUGCAAAAGGGCGAUGGCUCAAACAUUUAUUUGAAGCAAAAACCACGAGUUAUUUUGACGACAAUGGGCGACGGGCAUCAACGAGCGCUGGAUUGUGCGGAUUGCAAUGGCAUGGCGACGAAACAAAAAUUAUUGGCGCCAGUUGCGUUAGCAGCAUCGCCCGAUGGCAGCAUUUAUGUGGGUGAUUUUAACUACAUCCGCAAAAUUUUGACUGAUGGAACUGUGAAAACUGUUGUAAAAUUGAAUGCGACACGUGUUUCGUACCGUUAUCACAUGGCAUUGAGUCCUCUCGAUGGUACUUUGUACAUUUCGGAUCCGGAAUCGCAUCAAAUUAUCAAAGUCAAGAACAAGGACGACUUUUCCGACCCAGAACGCAAUUGGGAACCGGUUGUUGGUGCAGGCGAACGUUGUCUUCCGGGUGACGAUCAAAAUUGCGGUGACGGCGGAUUGGCGCGCGAUGCAAAACUCGCUUAUCCCAAAGGUGUUGCCAUCUCGUCGGACAAUAUUUUGUAUUUUGCUGACGGCACAAACAUUCGCAUGGUCGAUCGUGAUGGCAUUGUAUCGACUCUCAUUGGAAAUCACAUGCACAAGGCACAUUGGAAGCCAAUUCCGUGCGAAGGAACAUUAAAAAUUGAAGAAAUGCACUUGAGAUGGCCCACAGAACUCGCAAUUGAUCCACUUGACGACACUUUGCACAUCAUCGACGAUCAUAUGAUCUUACGUGUCGUUCCCGAUGGUCGUGUUCGAGUUGUUGCAGGUCGCCCCUUGCACUGCGCCUCCUCUACGGGAACUUACGAGACAGAUUUGGCAGCUCAUGCUACACUUGUCAUGCCACAAAGUAUCAGUUUUGGUCCCAAUGGCGAUUUGUAUGUGGCUGAAAGUGACUCGCAACGCAUCAAUCGUGUUCGAGUAAUCGGUUCCGACGGAAAAAUCUCACUUUAUGCUGGAGCCGAGUCCAAAUGCAAUUGUUUGGAGCGUGGAUGCGAUUGUUACGAUGCCGAACAACAUUUGGCUAUCAGUGCAAAAUUCAAUACAAUCUCAGCUCUUGCCGUUACUCCCGAUGGACAUGUUCAUAUCGCUGAUCAAGCAAAUUAUCGAAUUCGUUCAGUCAUUUCGAGCCUUCCAGAAGCUGGAUCAUCCAAGGAAUACGAGAUUUAUGCGCCAAAUGCUCAAGAAAUUUACGUUUUUAAUCGUUUUGGACAACAUAUCGCCACGAAGAAUAUCUUGACCGGAGAAACGACUUAUACUUUUACGUACAACGUCAAUACCUCAAACGGGCGUUUAAGCACUGUCACUGAUGCCGCUGGAAAUAAAGUCUUCUUGUUGCGCGAUUACACGUACCAAGUCAAUUCUAUUGAGAAUACAAAGGGACAAAAAUGUCGUCUCCGCAUGACUCGAACCAAGAUGUUGCGAGAAUUAAGUACGCCCGAUAAUUACAACGUCACUUUCGAUUAUAACGGACCUUCGGGAUUGUUAAAGACGAAAUUAGAUUCAACUGGACGUUCGUAUGUUUAUAAUUACGAUGAAUUUGGAAGACUUACCUCUGCGGUGACUCCUACUGGAAAAGUUAUUGACUUGAGUUUCGAUCUCAGUAUCAAAGGAGCCACGAUUAAAGUAACCGAAAACUCCCAAAAGGAAGUCUCAAUGUUGAUUCAAGGCUCAAGUGUCAUCACAAAAGUAGGCGAAGCUGCUACCAAAGUCACAGUUCUUCCGGAUGGCGCAACCACAUCUGUCUCUCCAUGGGGCACAACUGUCGCUGUCGAUACCGUUCCUUACAGCAUCUUGGCUGACAUCGAUCCUCUCUUGGCAGAAAGUUAUCCAGUACCCGCCAAACAACGCACCGAAAUUUCCGGCGAUCUCGCAAACCGCGUUGAAUGGAAAUAUUUCGUGCGUCGUCAACAAGGCAAGGGUCGCAAUGCUCGUCCUGUUGCUCAUGUCGGUCGUAAAUUGAGAGUCAAUGGCGAAAACUUACUUACCUUGGAAUACGACAAAGAUUCCGCUUCGGUGACAGUUUUCGUUGACGAUAAGACCGAAUUGUUGAAUGUCACUUACGACAAGAGUGCUCGUCCCACAUCCUACAGACCACAAGCAGGCGAAUAUGCGAUAGUUGAUUUGGAAUACGAUCGCUUCGGACGCAUGACUUCGUGGAAAUGGGGCGAUUUGACGGAACUUUAUACUUUUGAUCGUGCCGGAAGACUGCAUGAAAUCAAAUAUGGCGACGGAAGUUCAAUUGUUUAUGCAUUUAAGGACAUGUUCAGUAGUUUACCGUUGAAAGUAACGACCCCACGUCGUUCGGAUUACUUGUUGCAAUACGACGAUGCCGGCGCAUUACAAUCUCUAACAACGCCUCGAGGACAUAUUCACGCAUUUUCGUUGCAAACCUCCCUUGGUUUCUUCAAAUAUCAGUAUUUCUCGCCCAUCAACCGUCAUCCAUUUGAAAUUUUGUACAACGACGAAGGCAAAAUCCUCGCUAAAAUCCAUCCUCAUCAAUCGGGCAAAGUUGCUUUUGUCUACGACAAUGCAGGACGCCUCGAAACUAUUCUCGCUGGCUUGUCUUCGACUCAUUACAGCUACCAAGAGAGCACAAGUUUGAUCAAGAGUGUCGAAGUACUUGAGCCCGGCUUCGAAUUACGGCGCGAAUUCAAAUAUCACGCAGGAGUAUUGAAAGACGAAAAGCUCAAAUUCGGUUCAAAGAACUCUUUGGCCUCCGCACAUUACAAAUAUCAGUACGACGGAAAUGCCCGCUUGAGUGCCGUUGAAAUGGAAAUCGAUGGCAAAGACCUUCCGCUCUUCCGUUACAAAUAUGGACAAAAUUUGGGAACAUUGGAUGCCAUUAGCGACUUGAAAAUCACGCGAAACGCCUUUAAUCGUACCGUUAUUCAAGACGCGAGCAAACAAUAUUUCACAAUAACCGAUUUCGAUGAACAUGGUCGCGUUAAGAGUGUUCUCAUCAAUAUUAAGAGCUUCGAUGUUUACCGCUUGGAACUCGAAUAUGACCUAAGAAAUCGCAUUAAGACCCAUAAAACGAUGAUUGGUCGUGUCACGUCGCUGGAUAAGGUGAAUUACAAUGCUGAUGGGCAUGUAAUGGAAGUUGUCGGCAGUAAUAAUUGGAAAUAUUUGUACGAUGAGAACGGAAAUACGGUCAGCAUCAUGGAACAAGGCGACAAAACGAAUCUCGGAUAUGAUACGGGCGAUCGCGUUAUCCAAGUUGGCGAUGUCGAGUUCAAUAGUUAUGAUGCACGUGGUUAUGUGGUGCGUCGUGGCGAACAAAAAUACCGUUACAACAACCGAGGACAGCUAAUUCAUGCAUUUGAACGUGACAAGUUCCAAACUUGGUAUUUCUAUGACGACAGAGAUCGUUUGGUAGCGACGCACGAUGAAAAAGGAAAUGUCACACAAUUUUUCUAUGCAAAUGUUAAUGCACCGCAUCUCGUUACGCACAUCCAUUAUCCCAAAACUUCGAGAACUUUCAAAUAUUUGUACGAUGAUCGCGAUUAUCUGGUUGCCGUUGAGACAAAUGAACAACGUUUCUAUGCGGCAGUCGAUCAAAAUGGCUCUCCAUUGGCGUUCUUUGACAUCAAUGGCAACAUCGUGAAGGAAAUUCGUCGUACGCCAUUCGGAAAAAUGAUCAAGGACUCGAAUCCAGACUUCUUUGUGCCCGUCGAUUUCCAUGGAGGACUUCUCGAUCCGAACACAAAGUUAAUUUACGUGGAGAAACGUUUGUACGAUCCGACAGUUGGACAAUGGAUGACGCCAUCAUGGGAGCAAUUGGCAACGGAAAUGAGUCUUCCCACGGAUGUUUUCAUCUAUCGGUUCCACAAUAAUGAUCCCGUCAAUCCCAAAGAAAGCAUGAAGUACAUGAACGACAUUGACAGUUGGUUGAAGUUGUUCGGUUAUGACUUGAAGAAGAUGCAAGGUGCCAAAUAUACCAUGGAUCAAGUUCAUAUUCCGCAAGCGACGAUAAAAGCACCGCAAUUGGCGCCCGAUUUUGGUGUCAUGUCGGGUCUUCAGUGCAUCGUUGAUAAGAUUGACGAGAAAUUCUCUGACUUUGGAUUUAUCCCCAAACCGUUGUUGAAAAUGGAGCCCAAAACACGAAACCUGCUUCCACGUGUCGCUUAUCGCAAAGGUGUCUUCGGCGAAGGAGUCUUAAUUUCACGCAUUGAUGGACGAGCUCUCGUUAGUGUUGUUGACGGUUCCAAUUCCGUGGUGCAAGAUGUCGUUUCAUCCGUGUUCAACAACUCCUUCUUCCUGGACUUGCACUUUAGCAUUCACGAUCAAGACGUUUUCUACUUCGUCAAGGACAACAUUCAAAAGUUACGCGACGACAGCGAGGAACUCAAACGUCUCGGCGGUAUGUUUAACAUCACGACACACGAAAUUAACGAUCAUGCUGGCGCAACGGGCAAAGAAUUGCGCUUGCACGGUCCCGAUGCAGUUGUCAUAAUUAAAUAUGGGGUCGAUCCCGAGCAAGAGCGUCACAAGAUUUUGAAGCACGCGCAUAAACGGGCCGUUGAACGGGCAUGGGAACUCGAAAAAGCACUCGUUGCUGCCGGUUUUCAGGGUCGCGGAGACUGGAGUGAGGAGGAAAAGGAGGAACUCGUGUCGCAUGGCGACGUUGACGGGUGGGUUGGAGUAGACAUUCACAGCAUACACAAAUAUCCGCAGUUGGCGGAUGACCCGGGCAAUGUCGCCUUUCAACGAGACUCGAAACGCAAACGACGAAAGAGCGGGAAUAGUCAUACCAAAUCGUUUCGGACUGCGGUACGGACCAACAGACGGUCUUCAUGAAUAAUCAGGGAUUAUUAAACAAAAAAAAAACAAGACUUUUAUAUAAUUUUUCAUUUUGAGUCAAAUGAGGAUCAAAUUCCCUCGUAAAAAAUAUAAGAAAAUGAUUGUGAUAACAAAGUGAAGCUGUAAGUAAAUUGUAGUAGCAACAAAUUCGAGACAAAAAAAAAGCGACAACUGACUAAAAAAAUCUAAAUAUGAAUUAAUUUUAAGGAAAUCGGGACGUGACACGACAACGCGACCUUAUUUACGUACAAAAGGGUUUCAUUCCUCUUUAUCUUUCUCACUCACUCUCAUUAAAUCGUCUUCUCUAACGUAAAAAAAAAUUUUUCAAGAACAAGUUAGUGACGAAAAAUCAAAGAAAUUAAACCACCAAACAUGUAAAAAUAAAAAUUUUGACAACUGUAUCAAAAA